GCUUAUUUUUCAUCACAACAGCUUACGAAUUAAUUUAUCCCUAUCAGAAAUACUUUAUCAAACCAUGGCAAUGACAUCAGCUCAGACCCUUGUAGUUGUGUUGGCAUUUGCUUGCAUUAUGGUGUCAGUUCCAUAUGGGGUAGCCCAGCAGCUGCCAUUGCCAUUGCCAUUGCCAUUACCACUAAACCCUAUCACUUGCUUGAGAAGUAUAGCUGGUGUUGACGGAUGCAUUCAGACUGUCAUUCGGAUUAUUUCUCAACCCAAUUCAGGUAUUAGAAAUCUUACUGUUCCUUGUUGCAACGCUAUCAAUGGAUUAAGCGGCAGUUGUUUGGGCCAACUGUUCCCUAACAACGUUGGAGGUAACAUACUCAGGGCCAUAUGUGCUACUAUUGCGGCACUUCCACCUCUCCCGGUCGGACAAGUAAGGCCGUGAAGUAAGCAGAUAAAAAUGAACCACAUACAUGUUCCUGCUACAAGGGAAUCGUGUAGUUAGAAUUACUGGUAUUAAGUAUACCUUUAAAUAAUUGAAUGUUCUAAUAGUAGAACUUCAUUCUGUAAUAAAGUUGGCCGGUUCUGAUGCUAACAUGUAAUAAUCCUAAGUUUGUUCUAUGUUAUUAUGUUACAUAUGUUUGGAGUUCCUUC